AGAAGAUCGUUAUAUACACAAAUAUAGUGGAUUAUUUAGAAAUUCAGUUCUAUCAGGAUUAAUACAAUUAUAAAUAAAAUAUGUGACUUCUUACUAUUGUUUAUUUCUGUUCUAGUUAAAUGAUCAGUUGAAAAAUAUACCCUCUAACAUCGUCGAAGAAGAAGCGGAUGAUAACGAUAAAAAUAACGUUAAUAAACAUCCUGAGCAAAACUUAAACGACAAUAUACCCCAACAACUACCUGUUGCUCGGUUAAAUGAAGAAGAACCCUCUAUUGAAAAUAAAAAAAAUUUACCGCAAAAACGAUUAGAAAAUAUUGAUGAUAAUAAUGUUGAAGAUAACUCGUCAAAUAAAAGAGUUAAAGACAAUGACAUAUUUGAAGAUGAGCACGAACAGAAAAUUAACUUCCGAAAACAAGAAAAUUGA